AUGGUCGGGGAGACAGAGGUGAAGGAGCGACCCAAGUCCAACCCGGACUAUUUAAUGCAGCUGAUGAACGAUCGGAAGGUUAUGAGUUCAUUGCCAAACUUCAGCGGCAUCUUCACGCAUCUGGAGCGGCUGCUGGAUGAAGAAAUCGGGCGGGUACGCAAGGACAUGUACAACGACACGGUGAACGGAGGCAUGUUCAACGGACGCGAUAUGGAGGAACUGCCCGAAGCCGUCGGACCCGUGGCCCAGCUGCAAGAGAAGCUCUACGUGCCGGUCAAAGAGUACCCCGACUUUAAUUUUGUCGGGAGGAUCCUAGGCCCGCGAGGACUGACAGCCAAACAGCUGGAGGCGGAGACCGGCUGCAAGAUCAUGGUGCGCGGGAAAGGCUCAAUGAGGGACAAGAAGAAGGAGGAGAUGAACCGAGGCAAGCCCAACUGGGAGCACCUGAGCGAGGACCUUCAUGUCCUGAUCUCAGUGGAGGACACGCACAACCGCGCCAAGAUCAAGCUGCAGCGGGCCAUCAACGAAGUCAAGAAACUCCUCAUCCCCGCUGCUGAAGGCGAGGACAACUUGAAGAAAAUGCAGCUGAUGGAGUUGGCCAUUCUCAAUGGAACCUACAGAGACGCCAAUGUCAAGACACCUACCGCCGGGUUCCCACUCGGCACCCCGCAGGCCCCUCGCAUCAUCACAGGCCCCACGCCCGUCCUGCCACCUGCCUUGCGCAACCCCGCCCCCGUGACCACGCCGACGCUCAUGCCUCUGAUCCGUCAGAUCCAGAGCUCCGCCCUCGUGCCGGGCGGCAACCCGCAUCCGGCGCUGCUUCCCCAAGGACCCGAGUCAGGGAUCAUCUACACGCCCUACGAGUACCCCUACACAUUGACGCCCUCCAUAUUGGAAUACCCCAUCGACUCGACCGGCGUAUUAGGUAUGGCUUUCCCAACCAAAGGCUAAGCGAUUAGCUAUACGUCUUAGCGCACACGGACUGGCUUGCAGAGACCCCCCCUCCCCAUCUCCCCGACCUCUCCCCUUCCAGAACCAACACCCCAAUCCCACCACCCCUUCCCUUUUAAACGCUUCCAGUUUGCUACGGAGCAAAAGCUCGCAGCUUGCUCACACUGUCGGACGACAGAUUCCUCGCGCUAUAGUCGAGUGUCCAUGCCUUCUUCUCGCUCGUGACUUCUAUUAGCUGACUAGCGUGGUGGUGUGAUGCCUUCAAUUCUAACCUUUUCUUCUUCAAAAAAAAAAUAUUCCGCUUAUAAUUGUAACAUUUUUUUUCUAGCGUAGAUGUUCUAGCGCGCUUUUUGUGAUUUAAUAUAUCUUUUUUUCUAAAAAAGACAAUUUUAUUCAUUCCAGUGCCUCAUCAGUGUGAUUUUGAAGCUACUAGUGAAACUUUAUUUUGGAUAGAAAGUAGUGGUUUGGAUUCAUUUUUAGAGAACAGAAGACCACAACACGAUAUGACGGUCCUCUUUGAAUGACUUAACCCUCCUGUUAUGUAUGAACGCUUAUCACUUAUGGCUGAGGUGAAAUAAGGUGUGUGUGUAUGUGUGUGUGUGACAGAAUAGAAUUGACCGUUUCUGACGUCUCGUUUUUAGCCUGUUGCGUCACUGCCAGGUUAUGUAUGAGAAAGGAGGUAUUUGCAAAUUAUUUUUUAAUAUAUAGGAAAAAUGAAGGCCAGCACCUCGAAAUCCCAGUUUAAUAAAUGCAAAUUAUUAUUAUUUUUUUAUAUAUAAAAAAGAAGUUAAGCUUGAGUAAGGCCAGCAUAAGAAUUCUUUUAUUCUGCAAUUGUUGUCUUUGUCCCUUACCAAGAAUGUUUAUGGGUCAAUGUGACCCACUCUAUGCGUAAUCAACAUGUAAAAAAAACGUGUAUAUUUUUAAAUUAUUAUUUUUUAAGGCCAGAAAAGGGAAGACUAGAGAAGUACAUUUUUCUACAAAAUAAAUUUUUGAAGUGAUCAGUUUGACCCGCAGAAUAAUAAGAAUCUUAAAACGGGUUGAUUUGAAGGGCGGCUCGGUGGCGCACUUGGGUAGCACGUCCGCCUCACAGUUAGGAGGGUGCGGGUUCGAUUUCACCUCCGGCCCUCCCUGUGUGGAGUUUGCAUGUUCUCCCCGGGCCCGCGUGGGUUUUCUCCGGGCACUCCGGUUUCCUCCCACAUCCCAAAAACAUGCUUGGUAGGCCGAUUGAACACUCCAAAUUGUCCCUAGGUGUGCGUGCGAGUGCAAAUGGUUGUUUGUCUCUGUGUGCCCUGCGAUUGGCUGGCAACCGGUUCAGGGUGUCCCCCGCCUACUGCCCGAUGACGGCUGGGAUAGGCUCCAGCACGCCCGCGACCCCAGUGGGGACUAAGCGGUACAGAAAAUGGAUGGAUGGAUGGGUUGAUUUGACCCACAUCAUAACAGGAGGGUUAAAAUCUUCAACCAACCGACCCCCCCCCCAUCCCACCCACCCCCUUUUGUGCACGUUGUCAAAUCUCCCAGAAGUGGCGGCUGACGUUGUGAUGUGUCUUUUCUGAUGAGUAACCUUCUGUAUUCUGUUUUGGCCAACGUCAUCGCGCUUGUUAGCAGGUGCCAUGACCGCUAAGGUACGCCGCCAAGACAAGAGAAUCCAUCCUUACCAAAGGGUAGUGACCACAGACAGAGGUUAGUUAGCUCACCAGCCACUUUGUGUGUGUGUGUGUGUGCGUGCGUGUGUGCAUGCAGACCAAGGGACCAGUUAUUGUGAGUUUGUCUUAGCAUGGCAUGCCAAGAUCAAAUGUGAAAACAGUCUUGUUGCAGUAAGGGUGACAUUUUGGGAGGAGCCAUGUCAGGAUGAGGGGGGGUGCGCUUAUUUCUUCUUCGAUAACCUAGGCGGCCCGUCUUAAUUAGUGUGAAUCACUCCAUUCAUGUGACUCCCUUCCUUGUGACUCCUGGACUUGGGAGUCCUUUUUUUUUUUCCUUUUUUAAAUCUCUGCUACUUCUUUUUACCCAGUACGUCCUUUGGGAACCUAUUAUUUAUACAAGAUUUCAUUCCACUAAGUUCCCGUAUUUUGGUGUGAAUGAUCAAAAGUGUUGUGCCCAAUGACUACACGUCACUUAAUCCCGUUUUACUACUAAAACACAGCGUGUGAUGACUACUGAAGUCUGUGUUCCAAGCUCUUUUUUUUUUUUUUUUUUUUUUUGGUAUGAAAUACUAUUGUUUGUGGUCUUAUCAGUCGCCCACUGGACUUUAUCAUUGGGACUGUUUACAUCUUUCAUAUUAUAUUUCCUAGCCAGAGUGGUGCUGUUGCCAUGUAUUUAGCUGCAAAGAAAAGAAAAAUACAUUUGUAUAUAGGGAUUUUAAAGUGCUUAUAUGAAGCUAAUGGAACAAAAUCGCUUGAAAGUAUUUGUAGGUUGUUUUUUUUUAGUUUGUACAUUUUUAUUUUUACGGUAUGCUUUUUAUAGAUGAAGUGUCUCCAUGUAAAACUUCUAUUCCGAGUGUGUAGCUUCCACUGUUCCCUGGAAGGCGGCGUUGUUGCUCUAGUGUGUGUGCUUUUGUUUUCGUUUUUGAUUUUGUUGUUUUUAAAAGAUGAGGUGACCUUCUCAAUGCACAGGCCUCAUGACUGUUUUAUGCAAUAUAGACAUGGACUAGCUAGCUGCAAUAUGUAUGUGUGUGAGCGGUGGUGCUCCUGUUGUACAAAACAAGCAACGGAAAGAAAAAAAAACAACACUAAAAGGCAAUAAAGACGACUAUUGAGAACAAAAUAAAUCUCCAAAGACAA